UUUUUACAGAAUUAGAAUCCUUAGUUGGCUUGUAGAGCAGCCAAAUCUAGUUUUUCUUUAAAAGAAAGAAUUCUGACUAGUUAUUCAUAUAUUUUUUUCUUGCCAGAACUAAACUGAGCAUCUUUAAAGAACAUGCACACAUACUUUUCUAAUUAGCAUUUUUAUGAGUUCUCCACUUGGAUGACUUUACUGUGUGCCUCAUCAAGAUUACAGAGACACUGAAUAUUUUACUCCCCAGCUUACCACAUUCUGCUUCCCCUGGAAUGCUACAAAAGUGAAUAAACUUAUCCAUGCACACAAAAUGACUUUUUCUGAAAGUGGCAAUUAACAGCAUUCUUGACAUUCCAUUAUUCCCCUAAACAAGUUCUGUAGUUCUGUGGAUAUCUAGUCACAGAAGAGAAAUUAAGUUUGGCUGCCUUUAAGUCCCAACUCUUGAUUGCUUCUUGGAGACAGUAUCUGAAAUCACACAGCUUAUUUCAGUCACAUUGUUUCUCUACUGUUGCAUUAAUAGACAUUGAGAAAAUAAAUUUUAGAAACUAAAGAUUCAUUAAAAUAAUCAAGUCAUUAGAUUUGAACUCACAGCAUCAUUUUGUCAAAACGGUCUUCUUUCAGAAAAGAUCAAGGAAAAACAUUUACAUGAUCAGUCAUGUGUCAUGACCUUUGUUACUGACUUUUGCAUGUGUGUAUGCAUAUAUGCAAAUAUUUAUAUCACCACUAAAUAUAAAAGAAGAGGUCAUGAAUUCAAGAGUGUGUCACAGGGCACAAGAGGAAUUGAAGGGAAAAGGAGAAAUACAAAUUAUGAAAUAUAGUAUAUUCACGUAUGAAAUUCUCAAGUAAAUUUUGAAAGAAGAAAAUACAAAAUAUGACUAGCAUAAGUUGAUUGUGAAUAUAAAUAAAUCAUUGAAGUUUUACUGAAAUUUUUCUAAUACUAUUCUCCAGUUGACCUUUAUUCUUUAUCAUCUAGAAAUGUUGUUAAGUAGUAAAGGAUAACACGUGCAAAAUAUCAGUAUUUCCUCAUCAUAGAGGAAAAUAUCAGUAUUUCCUUCAUUCUGGAGGUUGUUAUUCAAAACAGGUAGAUGUGCACUAAGGGCUGUGAGAGAUAAAAGACAGAAAGAAAAAAAACUUGUGGCCUCUGAGUUUAGGAAGAUUGCUGUCAAGCACUAAGAAUCAGAUGCCUGAGUUUUCUCUGAGAAAAAGUGUGUGUAUGUGUUUUGUAUUCUUUUGUAGAAGUCUGGUAAUAAAGAUAUCACCGAAGGUUAGAAACAAAUUCAAACAGCGGAAAUCCUGAAAGAAUGGGAUGUGGAAACUCAAAAAUAUCUUCAGAAAAUGUUAUUGUCUUAGGGGUUAUCCAGAUUAUCAUUGGCAUCUAUCAUGUACUCAUGUGGUAUUUCCUAUUGCUAUUGUAUAUGGGACAAAUUAAAGGAGUAUUUGGGACUUAUGAACCUUUAACUUACAAAAUGGGAACUGCUUUAUGGGGAUUUGCUUUUAUCAUUUCAGGAGCCUUCACAGUAAAAUCAGCAAAACGUCCCAGUAGAUAUUUGCUUGAAUGCGCCCUGUCCCUGAACAUACUCUGCAUGAUUGUUACAAUCAUUGCAGCCAGCCUGACAAUAGUGGAAUUGGCUAACUUCCAUUCUGUGUCAUAUAAGAAUUAUGGACAAGCAAAGCUGGGGAGAGAAGUGUCCCGUAUCUUGCUGAUCUCUUACCCACUGGAAUUUGCGAUGGCCCUCACAUAUGCAAUCUACAGUUGUUCACAUUUGGGAAGAAGACAAGAAGAAAGUUUAGAAACUGUUUCUGAUGCCAUAGACGGCAAAUUCUGA